GCUGGUAGUGUCUCUGAAUACAGUGAUUAUAUGACUCAAUAUAAAACAUAAUAUCAUAUUAUAUAUAUGUUAUCGUACUGCCAACAAUCAAGUUUAUUUCUAACUGGAACUCCGCAGAUACACUAUCGUUUCAAUCAGAGCUCAAACUGUUUAUUCAACGGUACAAUAGUAUUUUUCUUAAAAUAAAACUUGUUUAAAAAUGCACAGAUUAAUAAUAGCUCUAGUAUUUCUUGUAAGUUUUUCCUUCGUAGCAGCAGUGCCUUUAAAUGGACUGAACAUCCCGUCAGAGUGCAAUGACAACGCUUCCUUCGCCGACUGUGAACUCAUAGUGCGCAGCAAGUUCUGCCAACACCGUAACUAUUCUACCCAGUUGGCUGUGACAUGAUGAUUGGAUCAAACGCUAAAGAAGACAAAUGCAGGCAAUGCAGAGGUAACGGCACCCAUUGUCACACCAGCACAGGAAUCAUCGACUCAAAUGAUCUCAGGAAAGGAUAUAACGACGUGCUUCUAAUACCUGAAGGUGCCACAAGCAUUGUGAUUUAUGAAGUAAGGGAGUCAAACAACUACCUCGCUAUCAGAAGCAAGAUCAAGGACAAAUAUUAUUUAAACGGCGGAUACCGCAUCGACUUUCCGAGGAGUAUUGUGAUAGCUGGUACCCUGUGGCACUACGAGCGUUCGCCCCAAGGGUUUGCUGCGCCAGAUAAGCUGACUACUCUCGGUCCCACCACAGAACCCUUGUAUUUAUCACUGCUCCUCGUUGAUGACAAUGUGGGUGUUCAGUAUGAGUACAGCUUGCCGACCGCCUUGGCUCCCCGUCCGCAUCAGCAAUACAACUGGGUUCAUGGUGAAUUCACACCCUGCAGUGCUUCGUGUGGUGGAGGUUUUCAAACACGCAAUGUGAGCUGUCGGUCGCGUGAUGAACUAGAUGAAGUAAAAGAUAACCUGUGUGAUGAAGGUCUUAAGCCACCUACCAACCAGAGUUGCAACACGGAGGUGUGCCCAGCGCACUGGGUGGAGGGACCUUGGAGUAACUGCUCGAAGCCUUGUGGAGAAGAUGGAACCAGAUCGCGGCAGGUUCGCUGUGAGCAGAUCAUCAGUAAUGGACAUUCCUCAAUAGUCGAUGAUAAGGAAUGCAUCGAGCUCCACGGACGAAAACCGGCUCGAUUCGAGGAAUGUAACAAGAACGCAACCUGUCCAACUUGGUUCAAGGGACCAUGGAAAGCUUGUGACAAGCUUUGUGGUGAGGGUAAGCAAACCCGGCAAGUGGUCUGUCAUCGGCGAGUCAACGGUCGAGUGGAGGUGUUUGGAGACGAGGAGUGUCCUGAAGAGAAGCCACCUGCAGAACAGCCCUGUAUCCUGCAUCUUUGUGUUGCAGUGGAUUGGGUGCUCAGUAAUUGGACGGGGUGUGAUACAUGUUCAUCUAAAAACAGAACUAGGGUAGCCCAAUGCGUGACUGAAAACCGCCAAGUGGUUGAUCCAAGCAUGUGCAGUUAUCAUCAAAUGCCAGUUUUGGAAGAGCCGUGCGAUAAAGACAAAUUACCUGAUUGCGAAGUACAAUGGUACGCGACCCAGUGGAGCAAAUGUACAAAGGUAUGCGGCGGCGGUGAACAGAAACGAGCAAUUAUGUGUCUUCGCGGUAACAAGGAGUCUAAAGACUGUGCUGAAGAUUCCAUUCCUGAGAACUGGCGAUCAUGUAAUGAACAGCCCUGUGAUGAAGACCAAAUGCUACCAUUGAAUACUAAGUCUACACCCAUUAUGGAUGAUGAUUACAUUCUCGGGGAAUGUAUUGAGUACGAAAAGGACUACGAAGAAGAAGGAGCCGAAGUUAUUGAUGACACUCUUCCCAGUAAUGAGCUCGACGUCAUGUUUAGUGAUAGCCCAGUUCUAGAAGGCUCUGGUGGCUGGACCGCUUUCACUGAAAUUGAAUCAGAAUUUACUACUGAAGAAGGCUCUGGUGCAGAUAUAAGUGUUACGGAGGUAACGGUAACUCUUAGCGAAUUCACAACAGAUACUAACACAGAUGAAUCUACUGAUAUCACUAUAGCAUCGACAACUUUAACAAAUACCAAUAAACCUUCUGAACACACUACAGAAACCGAAACAAACACCGACGAAACUACCGAAAGUACUGAAGAAUCCACAACUGUAACAAACACAAACAAUGAUGCUGAAAGCACUAUUUAUUCAUCAACUACUGACAUUGCAACUGAGAGUACGAUUGAUUCCACCACUGGAACAAAUAUUGUAGAAUAUACUGAAAGUACGACCGGAACAAAUACAGAUAAUGUAACAGAAAUUAAUUUAGAUUCAACAACUGAAACAAUUACUGAUGAAUCUACUGAAAGUAGUGUAGAACCCACAACUGGAACAAAUAUUGAAAUUACUAUAGUUUCAACAACUGAAACAAAUACUGAUGAAUCUUCUGAUAGUACUGUAGAAACAACUACAGAUACUGCUACUGAUACUACUUUAGAAUCUACGACUACAACAAAUAAUGACAAUGGAACUGAGAGUACUAUAGAUUCAACAACUGAAACUAAUACUGAUGAAACAACUGAAAGUACUGUAGAAACAACAACUGAUAAUACUACUGAAAUAAGUAUAGAAUCUACCACCGGAACUAACAAUGACAAUGAAACUGAAAGUACUAUAGAUUCGACUACAGCAACAAAUACUGGCGAAUCUUUCGAAAUUACCAUAGAAUCUACAACUGGUACAAAUACUGACGAAUCUUAUGAAAGUACUAUAGAAUCUACAACAGGAACAAAUGGAGAAAAUGCUUCUGAAAGUACUUUCGAAUCAACGACAGGAACAAAUACUGACAAUGGAACUGAAAGUACAAUAGAAUCCACUACUGAAACGAGUACAGAUAGUACUAUUGAUAGUACUAUUAAAUUCACAACUGGAGCAAAUACCGACGAUGAAACUGAAAGCAGUUUAGACAGCACAACUGGAACAAAUACUGACAAAUCAUCUCAAAGUACUGUAGAAUCUACAACAGACAGCUCUACUGAAACAACUAUAGAAUCUACAACGGGAAUGAAUACGGAUGAAUCUACAAGUGGCACAACUGAUAUAGGUCUUCAGACUGGUAGCACAGAAAUAGGAACAGAAAUAGUCUCGACAACAGAUGGUGGGUUCAGUUCGACUGAAAGCUCUACUAUAACAGAAGCUGGAACAACACAGACUGGAACCAGUGAAUAUGCCGAAACAUCUUCCACCGAAUCUAACGAACCAACAUCAUUAACGCAAGAAAGUACUACUGAAGCUCAAUUGGACUGGAAAUCAACUGUGGAAGUAUACACUCAACGGCAGAAAUGUAAGAUUAGGCGUAAGAUCGCUAAAUGCACGGAUAUUCGGAUAUAUCCGUACGGAUGCUGUCCUGACAAACGAACACCUGCGAAGGGGCCUUUCGAUUUAGGUUGUAAGAACAUUACGACGUGCGCUGACACAAAGUACGGUUGCUGUCCCGACGGUGUAUCACCAGCUCUGGAUGAUAAAGGAGCGGGCUGUCCUGUCACACCCUGUAACGAGACGCUCUACGGCUGCUGCAAGUCUGACAACAUUACUGUUGCUACUGGAAAUGAUGAUGAAGGAUGUCCCGUAAUACCAGCCUGCAAGACUACAGAAUUUGGCUGUUGCGAAAAUGAGACCAUUUCCGCUUCAGGACCUAACAAGCAAGGAUGUCCUGAAACAGAAGUAACAACGACAGAAGGUACUACAGAGUAUUCAGAGAGUUCCACCACAUCGACAGAAACCCUUACAACAGACAGUUCGACAAGCUUCACAGACCUAGAAGCCGAGACUACAACAGUGGUCUACACCGAAAGUACAACAGAUGUUACGACAGACGACUGUACCGCUUCUGAAUAUGGAUGUUGCCUUGAUAACAUCACUGAAGCUUCAGGACCUAACGGCCAGGGAUGUCCAUGCAGUAUAUCUGAAUUUGGCUGUUGUCCUGAUAAUGUCACAGCAGCUAUAGGUCCAAAUCUAAAAGGCUGUGGAUGCAUCACGUCUAAGUUUGGAUGUUGUUUGGACGGUGACACUCCUGCGCAUGGACCGGACCUGGAGGGCUGUUGUGCGCAGUCUCCGUUUGGAUGUUGCCCCGACAACUACAAGGCAGCUGAAGGACCACAUCUUGAAGGAUGCAGUUGCCAGACCGCCCACUUUGGCUGCUGUCCGGACAACGUCACCAUCGCACGAGGUCCCAAUAACGAGGGUUGUGGAUGUCAUUACACCGAGUAUGGAUGCUGUCCUGAUAGACAUACAGCAGCGACUGGAUAUAACUAUGAAGGCUGUGGCUGCCACACGUAUCAAUUCGGGUGCUGUCCUGACGGUGUGACGAUAUCCAGUGGCCCCGGUCUCGCGGGCUGUCUCUGCCAGCAUUCUCCAUUCAAAUGUUGUGGUGAUGAAGUCACAGCGGCUACUGGACCGGAUGGAGCAGGAUGUAACUGCGCGAACAGUAAAUAUGGCUGUUGUCCUGAUGGAACUACUGCUGCAGCAGGGCCGAAAUUCCUGAACUGUACAAAUAUACCGAUAAAUAGACAAGAGGCUUGUAGUCUGCCGAAGGACAGCGGCGAGUAUAACACUAACGUCAUAGACCGUGCAGUCGUCACAACUAAGAAGUGGUACUACGACAUGACGUACGGUGGAUGCGCACCUUUCUGGUACUUGGGCUUCAAGGGCAAUGCUAACAGGUUCUCAACACAAGAAGAGUGUCAAGAUGUCUGCGUUCAUCCAGCGCCUAGAGACGCGUGUAAAUUGCCGUCAUCAAAAGGCUCGUGCACAGGAUAUAAUGUGAAAUGGUACUACGAUUCUAACCAAGAACGAUGCGCCAAGUUUAUCUACGGCGGCUGCCUCGGCAAUGAUAACAGAUUCGACUCCGAGGAACUAUGUCAAGCCAGUUGUAGGCCUGAGAAGACUGAAGAGCAAUGCAAACAGCCAAUUGAACAAGGAAGCUGCGCUGGCUCCUAUCUCCGUUGGGGCUUCAACCCGGAGACGCGAAAAUGCAGUCAGUUCAUCUGGGGCGGGUGCGAGGGUAACGCAAACAGGUUUAAUUCUGAAGCUGCCUGUAUGAUGCAAUGCAAUGCGCCUGGAGUACCUCAAGCACGAUGCAAGUUGCCAGGACCAGUUGUCGGGACCAGCACGGGGAAGUAUCCCAUGUGGUUGUUCAAGCAAACAGAGAACAGAUGUGUACCGUUCUAUUACACUGGUGAUGGUGGGAAUGACAACAUGUUUGAAAGUGAACAGGACUGCGUAGAAGCAUGUCCUAGUGCCUAUGUUCCAGAUGUAUGCACCUUGCCAGCCCACCCAGGUGACUGCGACCGCUAUGAAACACGAUGGUUCUUCGAUACGAAGCUGACAAGGUGUCGUCAAUUCUACUACGGUGGGUGUGGAGGAAACGAGAACAACUUCGCAACAGAGGCCGAGUGUGAGAACAGAUGCUCGGAGGAGGCAGCUGUCACCACCACAGUGCAGCCCACCAAUCGCUAUUGGAACGAUUAUUGCGUGCCCGAAGCGGAUCCAGGACCAUGCACCCAGUUUGAGGAGAUGUGGGCUUUCAGCGUGACGAGCGGCACUUGUAAAAGAUUCCGCUUUGGAGGCUGUGGUGGUAACAACAACAGAUUCCCCGACCUGAAAACGUGUUUGAGCAUCUGCGCGCCAGACCAAGAAGUGUGCCAACAGCCCAUGCAAGCGGGCCCGUGUCAAGGAUCCUUCAUGAAAUGGUUCUUCGACGCAGCUACCGGAUCCUGCUCUCAGUUCACAUACGGAGGAUGCCAAGGAAAUGACAAUCGGUUUGACUCUCGCGAGGACUGUGAGCGGCGUUGCAGAUCUCAAGAACCCGAGCCUGUUAGAACUACCACCAUAUCGCCGGUACCAAAGAUAAUUUACGAAGAAUUACGUAGGUUCCUGUAA